AUGGCUAUCUCCACGGUAACCACCCCUAACCCUAUGGCCAAGUUCGAAGAUAACUCCACCGUCGUCCUCCAGACGGACGUGGAGCUCAUCCCCAGCCAAUUCCACGAGGCCAUCAAGCCGAUCCCGUCAGUCCAGACGACGGAGGUCGUGGUAGACGAACUGGCGGUCACCCCCGAGCCCGAAGUCGCCGAACUGCCGGUGACCGAGGGCGACAAGGUUGACGAUGGGCCACUGCGGCUCAGCCGCGUCAUCUCCAGCGUCGCCGAGCCAGCGUCUGGCGCCAAGAAGCUCAGAAAGAUGCUUCUCGAGACCGACGAGCUCAUCAUCUGCCCCGGCGUGUACGACGGGCUCUCUGCCCGCACCGCCAUGGAGCUGGGCUUCAACGCCAUGUACAUGACUGGCGCGGGGACUACGGCUUCUCGCAUCGGGCAGCCAGAUCUGGCCAUCGCCCAGCUGCACGAGAUGCGCGAGAACGCGGAGAUGAUCGCCAACCUCGACCCCUUCGGCCCGCCGCUGAUCGCUGACAUGGAUACCGGGUACGGUGGGCCCAUCAUGGUCGCCCGCACGGUCGAGCAGUACAUCCGCGCUGGCGUCGCCGGGGCUCACCUCGAAGACCAAGUGCUCAUGAAACGCUGCGGCCACCUGGGGGGCAAGAAGGUGGUGCCGCGGGAGGAGUACCUGUCGCGGAUCCGGGCGGCGCACGCGGCGCGGGUGCGGCUGCAGUCGGACUUUGUGCUGAUCGCGCGGACGGACGCGCUGCAGACGCUGGGGUACGAGGAGUGCGUGGCGCGGCUGCGGGCGGCGCGGGACGCGGGCGCGGACGUGGGGCUGCUCGAGGGCUUCGCGAGCAAGGCGCAGGCGGCGCAGGCGGUGCGCGACCUGGCGCCGUGGCCGCUGCUGCUCAACUCGGUCGAGAACGGCCGCAGCCCCGUCAUCACCGUCGCCGAGGCCCGCGCCAUGGGCUUCCGCGUCAUGAUCUUCAGCUUCGCCACCCUCGCCCCCGCCUACGUCGCCAUCCGCGACACCCUCGCCCGCCUCCUCCGCGACGGCGUCGUCGGCACCCCCCAGCACAUCACCCCCGUCAAGCUCUUCGAGGUCUGCGGCCUCCAGCACAGCAUGGCCGUCGACAUAGGCGCCGGCGGCACCUCGUUCGAGGGCGAGCUGUGAGCAGGGAGGCCUCUGCAAUAUCAUCUCUCUGUUGUUAUUGUUUUUUUCUCUCCUUGUGUAUCUCCGCGGGGUUAGGAGGAGUCUCUCGCUGUACCUAUAUGGUGGACAAUUAGGCGGCCGGCCGCCGGCGAGGAACUAUUCUCUGUCGGGUUACGGUGUCAUUUAGUUAGCAUCCACGAGUAUUUCGCCGGCCACCUAUAAGGGUUGCAGACAAUGUAGCGAGUUGAAAUUUCCAUGGUUAAUAAGCUGCCUUGACGAUUGAUUAGAUGACCAUAUAAGUUCUUAGCCUGCUGAGGCCGGCAGUCCUGGCAACCCGAGCGUUACGGUGUCUUCCCGUUGUUAUAGGGAAUGAUCGUUACUUGCACAACUACCAUGCUGUUCUCUCGCAGCGAACGAACCCGGCCAUGUACACCGAGCCAUGCGAGCGGCCUCUCUUCCGAAAACCGAAAAG